AUGCUUCAGGAAAAGGUGAUCGUCGGGGUGGCCACUGCUUGCUCUUUAAUAGCAAUCGGUGCUUGUCUUAUCGUACUGCCGUCGUUGUACUACGAAAUCAAUGAAGUACAUGACCAGGUGCUCGACUCAGUGGCGGUGUUCCGUAUGGAAACGGACUCGGCGUGGAUUGACAUGAUGGACGUCCAAAUCGCCGUCAGUCCUCCAUCAAAGCCACGCCAGAAUCCCCUUGACUCCAUUUUCCGUCCCAAGAGACAGAGUUAUGCUGGCUUGCCACCUUGGUGUAUAUGUGAACCAACACCACCAGCUUGCCCACCGGGCCCACCUGGACCACCCGGCUUACCUGGUAUGCGUGGAACACCAGGACAGCGAGGUCCACCUGGACGAGACAACACUCAAGUCUACGCGCCAAUCACAUGUCCACCGAUCAGUCGUGAAUGCAUUCGAUGUCCACAAGGACCGCCAGGGCCCUCAGGGCCAUUGGGACCGAUGGGUCGUCCCGGACCUCCAGGGCGACCUGGCAUACCGGGAGCUCGUGGUAAAAACGGUCCACCCGGCCCCUCUGGUCCACCAGGCAACAAAGGCAUGCCAGGAUCACCAGGUCGUCCAGGAGGACCAGGAAAGCCAGGGCGCGAUGGUCAACGAGGACGUGGCAAGCCUGGUCCUCCAGGACCACCUGGACGACCUGGAAUGCAAGGACGACCAGGUAGCCGAGGAAACGAAGGUCGACCAGGUUCAAUGGGACGACCUGGACCACAAGGGCAACCGGGAAUGCGUGGCACCCCUGGACAACAAGGACGGCCUGGGCUACCCGGAGCAAUGGGUUUGCCUGGAGCCGAUGCAGCUUACUGUCCUUGUCCACCAAGAAAUAGCGUGUACACAACAAGCACACGCGCACGGUCCGUCAAACGACAAUAA